AUGCCUGCUUCCCACUCUCGGGUUCAGUCCGACGAUAUCGGCGAGUCCAUUGUCGUCCAAGCAGAGUCUGCUGAAGACCUUCGGGUCUCUUCUCCGCUACGAGCAACACGACCGGAGGUAGUUAUCAGGAUGGAAUCACACUCAGACGAUGUCGGCGAUAAAGACGACUUUGAGAAACGAGUAUCAACAGAGGCCAGACCGCAUCUGUCUAUCCCCAAAUCAUGGAAUUCUGUCAGAGACUCGACCUUUGAACGCCCAUCUGAUCAAGAAGCCACAAAGCCGAGGAAGUCUUUGCCAGGCCAAGAAACCAGACCUGGAGAACCUUCACGCGGACGCAAACGGAAAGCUCUCUCGGAUGAAGAUCGUCAAAGGGCAAAUCUCGUGCGCAGACUUGGAGCUUGUGACAAUUGCCGGCGACGGAAGCUAGCUUGUUCUCCGAGCCAUGAACGCGGGGAAGGCCAUGCUUUACGACUCGCUCUUGCGACAUAUCAGAAACCUGAAAAGCCUACCAAUGCUGCGGAGCCCAGAGUCAGCAGGAAAGAUGUUGCUAGAAACCAUCGAGCUUCUAUCAGAUCUGGUGAUGCCUCGGAAUAUGCUGCCUUCAGUGGCUCACACGCAUUUACAUUUCAUGUAGAUCCAGAUUCCAUCUCCGACGUUGAGAUUCGAACUCGUCAUGCCAACCUACAGAAAUUUGGCCAGUCUUUGACUCGAGCGGCUAGGUCAACUUUCCCGAUCACUUCCCCGUCGAUGUAUACAUCAGUCCAUGUACUAUUGCUACGAUGGCAAGAUGAUGAUACCGGUGUAUCAAAGGAGGCUGAACGGCUUGCUGAGGUGUUCUUGAAUCUUUACCACUUCGAAGUCACCGUCGGCUUGAUACCAAGUGACUCUCCAUCACGGUGGCUUAGUCGGAAGAUAUUGAACUUCGUUGAAUUGGACGACGACAGUCGUCAAACGCUGAAGAUUGUUUGUUAUGGUGGGCAUAGCUUUAUUUCAGAGACUAAGCAAUGCAUGUGGUCGAAUGACCGCCGCUUCAGCAGCACAGUAUCAUGGCAAGGUUGUCAAUCCCUGCUCGAAGAAGCACAAUCAGAUGUCCUGAUUCUCCUCGAUGCUUGCGGUGUCGGCAAUGCAAGCUCAUCAGUUGGCAAUGGGGCGACGGAGGUGAUCACAGCUGGUGGCUGGUAUGGCGCAGCUUUGCCAGAAGUAGGACCUUUUAGUUUCACAACUACUUUGACCGCCGAGCUUCGACAACUUUCGACUCGAGAAUUCUUCACCAUAGACCAACUUUACCAACAGAUGCUUGCUAGAAUCCAGAGCCAGCUAUCAUCUGAUGACGAAAAGCGGCGCUAUCCGACUCCGUAUCAUUUCAUCUCGAAGAAAGAUACUUCUUUGACGCAAAGCAUAACUCUAUGCCCACUUCAAGACUCCCUACUACCAGGUCGUUCUGGUGGUCGAGAUACUAGGACACCUGGUCGGAAGAGCUCCGAUGACUUGCAUCCUGGCAUGGCUUUGACUGUCAAGUUCAAAGACUCGUAUGACCCGUCGGACUUAGCUACGGACAAUUUUAUGGAAUGGCUGCGCGCUAUUCCAUUGCCGGCAGAAGCGAUGAACGUGGAGGCUGGCUAUGCAAAGUUUUGA